UCUGUCACACAGCAAGCUGGAGAGCCUCUGUAGGGAACUGCAGAGACACAAUAAGACCCUCAAGGUAGGUAGUGAGGAGAGUCUGUCACACAGCAAGCUGGAGAGCCUCUGUAGGGAACUGCAGACACAAUAAGACCCUCAAGGUAGGUAGUGAGGAGAGUCUGUCACACAGCAAGCUGGAGAGCCUCUGUAGGGAACUGCAGAGACAGAAUAAGACCCUGAAGGUAGGUAGUGAGGAGAGUCUGUCACACAGCAAGGCCAUCCUGUCACACAGCAAGCUGGAGAGCCUCUGUAGGGAACUGCAGAGACACAAUAAGACCCUCAAGGUAGGUAGUGAGGAGAGUCUGUCACACAGCAAGCUGGAGAGCCUCUGUAGGGAACUGCAGAGACACAAUAAGACCCUGAAGGUAGGUAGUGAGGAAAGUCUGUCACACAGCAAGGCCAUCCUGUCACACAGCAAGCUGGAGAGCCUCUGUAGGGAACUGCAGAGACAGAAUAAGACCCUGAAGGUAGGUAGUGAGGAGAGUCUGUCACACAGCAAGCUGGAGAGCCUCUGUAGGGAACUGCAGAGACACAAUAAGACCCUGAAGGUAGGUAGUGAGGAGAGUCUGUCACACAGCAAGCUGGAGAGCCUCUGUAGGGAACUGCAGAGACACAAUAAGACCCUCAAGGUAGGUAGUGAGGAGAGUCUGUCACACAGCAUGCUGGAGAGCCUCUCUAGGGAUCUGCAGAGACACAAUAAGACCCUCAAGGUAGGUAGUGAGGAGAGUCUAUCACACAGCAAGCUGGAGAGCCUCUGUAGGGAACUGCAGAGACACAAUAAGACCCUCAAGGUAGGUAGUGAGGAGAGUCUGUCACACAGCAUGCUGGAGAGCCUCUCUAGGGAUCUGCAGAGACACAAUAAGACCCUCAAGGUAGGUAGUGAGGAGAGUCUAUCACACAGCAAGCUGGAGAGCCUCUGUAGGGAACUGCAGAGACACAAUAAGACCCUGAAGGAUGACAACACGCAACGGUCCAGAGAGUAUGAGGAGCGUCGGAAGGAGGCCACCCUUCACUUCCAGAUGACGCUGAACCAGAUCGAGGUACAGAUGGAACAGCACAACUCUCACAACUCCAAGCUGCGCCAGGAGAACAUGGAGCUGGCCCAGAAACUCAACAAGCUCAUCAAACAGUACGAGCUCAGGGAGGAGCACAUUGACAAGGUGUUCAAGCACAAGGAGAAGCAGCAGCAGUUGGUGGAUGCCAAGCUCCAGAGGACAGCUGAGCUGAUGAGAGAGUUGGAGGGGAAGCAGCAGAGAGAGAGAGACUUUCUCCUGAAAGACGCCACAGAGUGGAGACAUGAAUGUGAGCUGUUGAAGGAACAGGAGACUCAGCUCAAACAGCAGCUCUCUUUGUACAUGGACAAGUUUGAGGAGUUUCAGACCACUCUGGCGAAAAGCAACGAGGUGUUCACUACCUUCAGACAGGAGAUGGAGAAGAUGACCAAGAAGAUCAAGAAGCUGGAGAAGGAGACGACUCUGUGGAGAACGAAGUGGGAGACGAACAACCAGGCUCUGCUACAGAUGGCUGAGGAGAAGACACUGCGGGACAAACAUCACAAGGGCCUGCACGGGAAGCUGGAGUGCCUGGAGAAACUGUGCCGGGCUUUGCAGAAGGAGAGGGACGACCUCACCAUCAAACUGGGAGACCUAAAGUCAACAACCGAGGAGGAGGAGGGGACGGAACCUCCAGACCCCCAGCCCAGCCUGGAGUCUACCCAGGAUGAGAUGUCUCCGCCUGGGAGGGGGGAAGAGACGCAGCCCCUUACUACCCCUGAACUGGAGCUAGAGCCCUCCACCACAGAGCAACUUGACAACUGAGCCACUAACCCCCUCUGCCUUUUGGGGGGUGUAUUUGAAUACAGUAUAUCUUUUUUUGUGUGUUAAAGUUAUAAUUAAGAUUAAAAUGACUGCAUUAUUAGCAAUGAAUAUAAUACUUUUUGCCCUGACUGUACAUUGUAAAACUGGGCUUUGUGGUGAGCACGAGGCUCCCCCUUUUUCUACCACAUUUGUAUUUUCUUAGAUGAUUGUCUUCAUGCUGUUGGUCAGUCACAGGGCUGUUGUUCAGCAACUUUCUCGUGGUCAGUCACAGGGCUGUUGUUCAGCAGCUUUCUCAUGGUCAGUCACAGGGCUGUUGUUCAGCAGCUUUCUCGUGGUCAGUCACAGGGCUGUUGUUCAGCAGGUUUCCUGUGGUCAGUCACAGGGCUGUUGUUCAGCAGCUUUCUCGUGGUCAGUCACAGGGCUGUUGUUCAGCAGCAUUCUCGUGGUCAGUCACAGGGCUGUUGUUCAGCAGGUUUCCUGUGGUCAGUCACAGGGCUGUUGUUCAGCAGCUUUCUCGUGGUCAGUCACAGGGCUGUUGUUCAGCAGCUUUCUCGUGGUCAGUCACAGGGCUGUUGUUCAGCAGCUUUCUCGUGGUCAGUCACAGGGCUGUUGUUCAGCAGCAUUCUCGUGGUCAGUCACAGGGCUGUUGUUGUUCAGCAGCUUUCUCGUGGUCAGUCACAGGGCUGUUGUUGUUCAGCAGCUUUCUCGUGGUCAGUCACAGGGCUGUUGUUCAGCAGCUUUCUCGUGGUCAGUCACAGGGCUGUUGUUGUUCAGCAGCUUUGUCGUGGUCAGUCACAGGGAAGUUGUUGUUCAGCAGCUUUCUCGUGGUCAGUCACAGGGCUGUUGUUGUUCAGCAGCUUUCUCGUGGUCAGUCACAGGGCUGUUGUUGUUCAGCAGCUUUCUCGUGGUCAGUCACAGGGCUGUUGUUGUUCAGCAGCUUUCUCGUGGUCAGUCACAGGGCUGUUGUUGUUCAGCAGCUUUCCAGUUGGACUAAAAUUGUACUUUCUCCCGUCUCCCAAUUUCCUCUACAGUCUGACACGUCUCUGUCCAGCUUUCUUCCAUUGAAAAAUCUAUAUUUUGGAGCUGUGGAAUUGUAGUCAGAUUAAAUCUCUUUUAGAACUCUUAACAGUGUUCAGAUUAAAUAUCUGUUGAACUGAUAUUGUAGUGGGAUUUAAAUUCUAUCAUAUGCAUAUUGCUAUAUUGAAGUAGCCUUGUUGCAUCGUCGUGACUAACUGAAUCUAAUCUCUGUCUAGGACCAGAAAUAGCAGGGCAUUGUACAGUAGAAGAGUUGCAAACAUACAAUGUUUAUCUCCGAGCAGGUACCAUAGAUUUACUAGGAUGGGAAUUCCCAGUCAAGUCAAUGUAACAUGAUUGGUUGACUUGUAUUUCUAUGGCUGGGCCAUUUCAGUCGUUGGCUUGUCAUGAUGGAAUCUACUGGCUUUCUAAUACCUCAGCACUGGUGUUUAGUUUCAGUCAAGUCUCCUUUCUGAAGCACCUGGGACUUGAAAAGGAACAUCCCUGUCCUUUUAACAUGAGACUGAGUCUAAAGGGUUAAAUCUGUUCAGCUUUGACCAAGAUGCCAUGCAGUCAACAGACAGCACGUUCAGUCAUUGUAUGUUCCCAGUUUCUGCAGGAGGACCCCUGGUUCUGAUGCUGCUGUAUAUACAGGCUUUCCUGGUUUGUAAUUCCAGUAGCCUGGCCCCAGAUCUGUGUGUUGUCUGGUCCAACUUGACAAACAGCACAAUAGAUCUGGGACCAGGCUAUCAUUCCAAUACGCCAAGGGACAAACUGUUCUCCAGCUCUCCUUAACUGAUACCUCCACAUGAUGGAGAGGGGGGCAUUCGGGUUCAAUUUACCCAAUGGUUAAGGGCUCACUGGGUCAUUUACCCAAUGGUUAAGGGCUCACUGGGUCAUUUACCCAAUGGUUAAGGGCUCACUGGGUCAUUUACCCAAUGGUUAAGGGCUCACUGGGUCAUUUACCCAAUGGUUAAGGGCUCACUGGGUCAUUUACAUGGAGAAGUCAGUGAGGCACUUUACUGCAGACACUGUGGGCCUUCAGGAACUGGGUCUGCUUGGUAACUUGGUUGUGUUCCAGACCAGUGAACAUUUAUAUGGGACGUAAUGUUUCUUGGGCUCCAAAUAGGCUUCUUUCUAUUCCUUAUGUCUUGUUUUUGUUUUAAUAGACAGAACUUGGUUUUAUUUCUGGAAGCAAAAAGACUGAACAAAAAAAGACAUGGAUUUAUAAGGUGCCUUUUCAUCUUAUACUUUAUACUGGAAAAACAUGUGAUUUGCAUUAUUUUUUUUUUUAUACAAACACAAUGCGAACGUUCACUAAGAACUUAUUUGGCAUUGGAGAUAUUUGCCGACAAUGUGAAACAAAUGUAACCAAUCUCUUGUAAUGAGAAUGAUGGUGGUUUUGGGCCUCAGGUCAGGGUUGUGUUCAUUAGGCAUCAAACAAGAAAACAAAUUGAAACUGGGUUCAAUCACUGAAACUGUUUCCAGCUGCAAAAUAUUUAAACCGUGAUCGGAUCCGUGCCCUAAUAAACACUACCCAGGUUCCCCUACUGGCCAGAUCACCCUGUCAUCGACCUCAGAUAUCACCAGCUUACAUUGUCUUUUUGUUUUCUUGUGAAGUCAUAAGGAUGUAAUUCAGAGCACGGCCCCUGAAGUUUUAAAGGUGAAUGUUAAGAUGGGUCCAAGCCACGGUUUGGGGGGGGUACUGCAUCUUAACCCCCUCAAGUCUAAAUCAAGUUCAAUACUUUACUGUGUGAUGUGGUCCAGGCCAGUUGGAUGUAGCCUGAGUCCAUCUGCUUGGGCUAUUAUGCCAACUCAUUGUCAUGCUAAAUGUUUGGCUUGACUGACAGCAAUGAAGUAGGCAAAAAGCACAAACAGACUGGCGCUCAGGCUAUUGUGGAUGCCCGCCAGUCAAACUCAGGUUACGUAAAGACAUCUACCUCUGCAGGUGAACUGUGAAAGCAGAGCUAGUUUAUGUUCAGAAAGCUUGGAGCCCACAUUCCCCUUUAGAAGAUUGUGAAAUGUUCUUAUAGUCCCGUCUCUCGCUUUUCAAUAAACUAUUUUGUAGUAUUUCAAA